AUGGAUAAUAAAAAAGUGAAUUUAACACUUAAAUUGAAUAAGUCCAUUAGUAACCUUUCUAGUGGUUCGGAUAUGGGUGCUCCAUUCACUCCAUUAGAUCAAACUUUAAAGACUCCGGUGGAUACUCCUAAAUUACAUCCUCAAUUCGGUGGUCCAGGUCUCUUAUCAAAUAAUAAUCAAAAUGGAUUUUAUUUUGCUCCUCCUCCACCCGUGUCGAAUAACAAUCAAAUGUAUUCAAAUCCUGCUUAUAAUGAAUCCGAUGAUAUUUUAACUGAUAUAGAUGAUGUUGGAGGGUCUAAUUUUAAAUCAACUCGAAAUUAUACUUUGCAUUUCACUCACACUUUUGAUCAAUUGGUAUUAUCCAUUUAUUCAUAUAUUUUAUCAUUACCAACCACAACUCCAUUUCUGGGUGCUAUUCCUCCUAGUGGAUUAGUAAGUAAAGUUGCCAAUGAAACCAUGAAUAAUUUAAUCACUAGUAUUUCCAGUAUGAAUCCUCCAUUAUAUGAUCAUCAAUCAAUUAUAAAUCUUGAUUAUUUAAGAAAUCAACAUUUUCAACCUAUAUUCUUACAACUAAUCAGAAAAAGAUUAUUGGAUUUAUGUAAUUAUAAUCAUGCUAAUAAUUCUGCCAAUGAUAAAACCAUCAUCGGUAACAAUAACAGUUAUAAUAUUAAUAUCAACAAUAUCAAUAAUAAUAGCAAUAGAUUACCUGAUUCAACCACUAUCUCAGUAACUUCAAAUACAGGAUUACGUCAAUCUUCAAUCUCAAAUUUAUCCCUUAAUGAAUUGAAUAUUCUGAAUUAUAACAGUCAACAAACUAAUCCAACUAAUGGUACUGGUCCAGCUCAACCUCCUGCAUUAAAUAGAUCUCGUUCAUCAUCUUUAAGUUUAAGAAAACAUUCUUUAACUAGAAAUAAUUCUUAUACUAGUAAUAAUUGGUUACAUGUUGGAAAUAUCAAUAGUAUAAGACCAACUACUAGUGGUGGUAAUAAUUCAAAUAAUGGCCCUAUUAAUGAAAAUUUCAAUAUGAGUACUGAUUCUUUACAAUCAAUUCAAGAUUAUGUUCCUCAGUCUUAUAUAAAUAGAAGUGCCACAAAUGGAAGUGGUGGAAGUUUUAAUUCAAUGAUGAUGGAUUAUCAAACUCCACCAAAUUCAAACAAAGGUUCAGUUUCAGGUCCAACUAUGACUCCACCUCAUUCCAAUAAUCAGACCAUUCAAAAUACCAUCAAUCAUGGUCAUAAUGCCACUCAUUCUGAUUUGGAUGAUUUCCAUUUAUAUCAACAGCAACAACAGCAACAACAACAAAAUCAACAACAGAGAUCUAGAAGUUCUUCAAGAGGAACCAAUUCAUUCCCCCAUCCAUUAACUAUCAAUACUGAAACUGCCAAUAUCCAAGCCUUGAAUGCUUUGAAUGGGGUGACUACUCCAUUAGGGUUGAACUCUUUUAGAGGUGGUUAUAACAGUAAUGUACAAGCUAAUGGUUUAACUUUAGAUUCACCAUUUAUGUCUGCUACCACUCCAUCUGAUGAUUUUGGAUAUUUCUCAAAUGGUUUUAAUCAAUUCCAACCACCAGUCAAUCAAAAUCCAUCCCAAGUUCAAUCUCAAAACCAAGUUCAAAAUCAAAAUCAAAUAUUACAACCUCCAACUAGUGCUGGCAGUAUGGUUUCUUCGAAUGCAUCAUCCUUUUAUGGUAGUGGUGGUGAAAGUCCUGUUCUUAGUGCCAAUUCUGAUGCUACUUUAUCAGAUAGUUCCAGAGGCAUUGCUAAUUUGGCCAAUCAAUUCACUUUAAGUGAAAAGAAGAGAGAUUCCUUGAAAAUGAAAAGAGGUAUUCAUUAA